AUGGCGGGGGCGGGCUCGGAGAGCGAGAUCGUGAGGAGGAACACCGACUGCGUCUACUUCCUAGCGUCCCCGCUCACCUGCAAGAAGGUACAGUUGGCUGUGGAUGCACCGCUUGUGUUCGUGUGUCUCCGAUGGUUUCUCGAUGAAAUUGCGCGUUCCUUGGGUGUGGUAUGGAUUCUCUGGGAGUAUGAGUUGCGUGUCCCGCGGUGAUGCGGAAUUGGUUUGGAUUUUUUUCUUCGUUUACACUGUUUGAUUCCUCUGGUUGUCUUGAGUUCCCUUCAAUGUUUCCCAGGGUUUCUAAUCAAUCGGCAUCAGACUUCUGCGUCCUUUGAGGAUGUUUUAAUUCAUGACAUCGUUUUUCGUGUGCUUUUUAUGGAGGAUUCUCUAUUGGUUAUGGCGAGCAUGUUUUUCCAUGUACGAUCCAUAUGACCCUGGUUGUCUUGCACAAUUUCUCCUGCAGAAUUAUGUCCUUGCUCGUUUAUCAGUCGUGUACUGGAGAUCGCUUAACUCAACUCGAGAUUAGAUGAACCGAAAUAAUAUCUUAGAUUGAGAUCUUGAUACCACGAUUUACUAUAAUAAUAAAUAGAGUCAAUGGAACGAAGAGCCACUGCACUCAUACGACAACAUGAGAAAGAUUUUUGAAGAUUCGGAAAACAUUAGACUAACGAUGUCUACUGUAUGAGAAAUAAUUACUAAAGAUUUGGAGGAAAAGAAGUGGCCCUCAGAGCAUACACCUGAGGGGUUGAAGGCAAAGUAAGAAUAUCAGACUGGUCUUCAAACCUGGCCCAUAAAAAGUCCGACUCUGGGCCAGUAGGUAAAGUUUAGCAUUGAGUUUCAAUGUCUUGGCGAGCGUUUCGGAUGCACAGCCUGUUAUUUCGAUUGCUAUGAUGAAAGUUAUGAUCGUUAUAUUUUAUAGUCGUUCAAGACAUGGAAAUGCCAUAACUCUAAGUCAUUAUAUUUGACUGAUAAAUUCAUACUCGUGUUAUCUGUUUCCAUGAUUGGCAAGUUAUUUUCUUGAGAAAACUAUGAAAAGGUGUUGAGGUUGGGGUGCUUUAUUUCCAUUAAGUCAAUGUAUUAAUUUAUAUAUUUUUAAAAAUAUAUCUUUUAUGAACUGAUGUGUAAAACAUAUUACAAAAGUAAUAGUUGAUGAGUACUUUUCAAUGACGCAUUCAAAAUAAAAUGAAGGAAAAAAAUAUUUUAUAGGGAUAGCAAAUGGGCUCAUAUGUCUAAGAUUAGUUAUAGUACCUGCUUGAAUCAAUAAAAACUCUCACGGUGUUCCUAUGCUACGAUCUGUUCCCAUCUUUCUACGUAUUCUUUAAGUUGUACAAGUUUAUUCUGACUAAUAAGUAUACUUAUUUUUCUUUGCCAGGGAAGUGAAUGUGAGUAUCGUCAUAGUGAUAUUGCAAGGCUUAAUCCAAGAGAUUGCUGGUACUGGUUUAGUGGAAAUUGCCUCAAUCCAACAUGUGCUUUUAGACAUCCAGUAAGAUUUUUAAUUGCUUUAAUGUGUGCAGAAAGUAUGCAAUAAAAUGUUAUACCUUAGUCUAUGAAAUUAAUCCACUUUUUAUAUGCACUUUGUCCUGGUUUAGUUUGAAAGAGGAAAAAGUCAUCUUUAUCACUCAAACAUUUUUACUGUCAUUUUACUACCCCAUUGAACUGAUGUAGUUAUCCAAUCAAAUUUAGCAUCAUCAUAGAGAAGGAUGGCUGCAUAUGUGUGCGUGCUUAAUACCUGGGAAUGUAAUGUUUGGCCAAUGUGAAGAUUUGUUUCGAACAACUAUGAAGGCUGCAAUCUUUUUUGCUUAUAAGAUUGUGGGCUGCAAUGUGGACUUUUUGGCGAAGGGAAAAUAUGCUUUGUUGCCCAAUCCAUAUUUUAUUGGAUCUGAGAAGUCUCUAUCCUAAGUAUUAAAAUGGUGUGCACUCUGAGGACAAGGUGUGAUAGUUCAUUAGCAAUAGAUGAUCAUAGGAGUUGAAGAACCUUGAAGCUCUGAGUUAGGAAUCCAGAAUUUUGAAGUAGACCUAAUAUCGUUGGAGUGAGGAAUAUAUGUGACUGUAAAGCCUCAUAUCCAAUAUUGUCCCUCUAUCUCAUGUUGUUCUAAAACUUUGUUUUGGAUCACGAUGUUGGAUUUUAGGAUCCUAUUUGAACCAAAGACUUUCCCGUCACUCCUGGAACUUGCUAUCAACUCCCACUCUGAUAUCCACCCGAACUGUUUCCGCCAAUGUUGUCAAUAGCAUGCAUACUACUUGAUUUGGGGAAGUUUUGUCUUCUUACCAUCCUAUAUUGAUGAUUCGUGGGCAAUGGUCGAUGUUUAAAGUCGGUAAACACAAACUGCAUUUAUUGGACUCAUAGUUGUAUUGCAGGGCUUAAACAAAAAAUAUGGGCGUUCUUAUGUAAUGAUCUUUAUUGACUUGAAUGUUCUUGGAAAAAAAAAUUGAAUUUCUUUAAUUGGAUUGACGAGCGUGUUGUUGGCAGCAUUGCAUGACUUUUUGAGUGUUUUGGUGCUCAACUUAACGAUUGAAAAUUAAUUCACGGAUUGAAAAUUAAUGAAUGUUUUUUGAAAAUCCGGGCCCCAUUAACAUCACAAAGCCUGAUUUCUUUCUUAGAUAUAUUUUCUAAAGACCCCCGUGAGUUUUUUUGCCAGUUCAGUCAUAAUGCAUGGAAAUACUGGACGAUAGAACGCCUGCUUGUAGAAAACAAAAAAGUGCCAGGUUCAUCCGUGGUCAAGAACUUUCCAAAAAAAUGAUCUUCAUUGACUACUCAACUUUACUCUGUCGGAAAUAUCUCUCUAAUAUCGUUUCAAUAUUCAUGAACUGAUUCUCUCAGUGUUAGGCUUAUCCUCUUGUUUCGAUUGUGACACUCGAUAGAAUCGCCAAGAUUAAAAAUUAAGCCACUGCGCACUCUUCUUUCCUCUUCCUGCAGCCACUAGAAGGAUCAUCCAAGGCAUCAUCCGGCUCGGCCCAGGUGCAGCAACAAUCAGCUGCAGCCACUACAAGGACUACUGUCCCUUGCUACUUUUUCUUCAAUGCAUUCUGCAGGAAAGGCGACCAGUGCCCUUUCUCCCAUACUGUGGACGAGAUAUCCCCCGCUCAGAAAGCUCCAAGGGCUGUUUCUAAAGAGACCGACGACGGACCAGCCACAGCUGACCUCCCUCUAAAACCCACAGAGGAGGAGACCAUGGAUAAUGCCUUACAGGAGAUCAGCCCCUCUUUGGAGUCUCUGGGGUCUUCUACUUCUGACUACGAGGGCUCUUCUGCCAUCAAGCCAUCUGAGAAUCCAUCUCCCAAAGUCAACUACGUCGACCAAAGGGAAGGUUCCUUCUCCGAUCACAGCUCCGAUGGUCUUGGAGAAGACCACGCCGAGGCAGAGGAGCGGUGGGAGUCUUCGCCGGGGUUUGAUGUGCUGGUCGACGGUCGCUCAGAGCAGCUGGCAUAUGAGGACGACGGUGACUACCUUCAGGCCCAGGAAAUGGAGUCGGAAGCGGGGCUCCACGGCCAGAUCAUCCAUUAUGACUACGAAGACUCUGCAGCUUAUGAUGCAAUUAAUUAUCGCCCAUAUGAAGGAUACGACGACUUUGACGAUGGAUAUGCUGCAGACUGUGCCGAGGGGGACGAAGAGCAGAUGCUCUACAGGAGGAAGAGGAGCCAUGGCGUAGAGCCGCAGGGAGCAGCAGAUCUUCGCGACCAUCUGAGGAAGCUCCGGAGGGUUGACUUUCAUCACCCAAUGCCGCUUGGUCCCCGAGAGGGUGGCUCCUUCUAUUCUGCAGUAUCAGAUAGCAGUGAAUUCCCUGAGAAGCGUGGCAUGGCUCUUCUUUGCAGUGAUGGAUUGCCUUCAGAGCCGCAGUUGGAGGAAAGGUGGAGGAAGGCUGGUGGCCCAAGGUACCUAGACUAUGGCCGACAGAGAGAGAGUAGAGAGAGAAGAAGAGAGAGACUGGAGAGGCGGCCCUUGCGCAAUGGCCGCUUCAUCGAGCCCGCCGCUUUCUCUCUGAUGAAAGAUCAAAUGCACCAGGGGAGACCCAGAUCCAGGAACCCCCUCCCUCGGCAGACCAGAAGGGGUGAGUUGACCUCCGCUGACUUUGAGGGCCCCAAGCCGCUGAGCGAGAUUCUCAAGGAUAAGAGGAGGUCAACGCCAAGGAGUGAGUUGACCUCUGUGGAAGGUCAUGGAAGAGGGUCUUCGGUUGACGAAGAAGAAGAUGACGAGGUCGAUGAGCACGAGAAGAAGGUCGCUGGAAUACUCGCUUGA